AUGUCUGGAAUGCCAUGUCCUAAAGAGCUACAGAGCAAAGCGAAGCUCGAUGACGUAUGCUUCCUUACCACGGGUGAUCGGACGGCUCCUGGGAACUACGCUAUGCUGGACAUCUCUGCUGCCCUCCAUUGGCUGAGGGAAAACAUCGGCAUGUUUGGGGGAGACCCGGGCAGACUGACCCUCUUUGGUCACGGACAUGGGGCCGCACUGGUCAAUCACUUACUUAUCUCUCCUAUGAGCGCAGGUGGCAAGCUCUUCCAGAGGGCAAUUUUGCAGAGUGGUUCAUCUCUGAAUCAAUGGGCAACGUCCACGGACUCACUGAAAUGUUCACAUGAACUAGGCAGGCGGGUUGGCUGUUUUAAUAAAACAGAAUCUUCCUCUUCAUUUAUUUCCUGUCUUCGAUCAUUGAGCGUGGAGCAGCUGCUUAACUCGUCCCCAUCGGCGCCUAAAUACCGAACGUGUUUCGGACCGGCAAGUAACCCGUUCAGCGGUGCUAUUCCUCGCCCCGUCAAGUCCCUGUUGGCCCAGCCCAUGUCCGUGUUCCCGCGGGCUGCCGUCAUGCUCGGCGUCACAAAGACGGACGCUGUGGAAUACAUGAACCAAGAGGAUAUUGUGACUAACAUGACGGAGCUCAGGAAAUCUCAGAUACUUCGCACCUUUGUCCAUAACACCUUUAAAUACCAGAAACAGAACAUAUACGAAAUACUGGCCCACCAUUACACAGACUGGGAGAAUACCAUCGAGAGGCGAUCCACCAAGGAUAACGUUCUGGAACUCCUGAACGACGGGCUGUACGUGGCGCCCAUUGUCAACGUGGCUAACUUCCAUUCCCAAUCCGCCAACACUUUCCUGUACACGUUCACCUUCAGCUCGGGAGGAGAGACGUCGCACCAUCUUCUCAACUCGCCGUUCGCAAACGAACUUCCGUACGUAUUUGGAGCACCUCUAGUCCAGAAGCUCAGUCCGUUCUCGAACGACUUCGGCAAGACGGCACGGCUGGUGAGCGAGGCGGUCAUGUCGUACUGGAGCAAUUUCGCCAAGACAGGGGAUCCUAAUCUGCCCGAACUUCCAGACUCCUUGGACGGAACGAAAAACAGAUUUGCCGGUAUAAAAUGGCCAAAAUACAAUUCCAGGAGACAGAGUUAUCUGCAUAUAGGUAAGAGGCCUAAGGUAUCUCAUCACUAUCGGGGUCGUCACGUGGCGCUCUGGCUAGACCUUAUCCCUAAACUUCACAAACCUAACAUGGGAGACGACGAGCUGGCCAACAGAUUCGAUCUCUCUACGUUUGACGAGCCCGGACGGCUGGAAAACAUUGAUAAAAUUCUCCCUUUCACCGUCACACCGACUCCUAGUGCAACGAUAACCGUGGCCGUCAACGUUACGAAACCCUCGAAGAUUAACGCGAGAGCUCCGCCUCACAUGACCACCACACCUGUUCUGACGUCAUCAUUCGUCAGCAUCCCUAGGCAGAAAGCGUCCAACAUUCCGUUCAGUGACGAGAAAAAGGGCACUUCUUUCCCAUUUAACCUUACCAUCGCUAUUGGUUGUUCGUUGUUGUUGUUUAAUAUCAUCGUCUUCGCUGGAAUAUUUUAUCAAAGACGAAAAAUGAACCUGCUGAAGUCAAAAAGAGAAUAUAGUCCAGGGCAGGCGGAGUGCCCCGGAACCUCUCGGCAAACAUCGUCAAAUUCCGAAGAGGACAAAAAACUGUUUGAGUCAGUGAACCUUUUAUCAAAAAACGACGUAGAGUACAGUCAUGCUAAACAUCGAUGUAAAGACAUCAAAAACUGCUUAAAGGAGCACGAGACUAUACGACUUGUUUCUAUUGAAGAUCUUAACGAAAAGAUCGAACCAAUUUCUAUGCAACACCGCGAGGAAAACUGCACUACAAUGAGAGACGGUCGCCAUGGUUACAGAUGAUUAUUGUUGUUGUUGCCGUUGUCUCUGCUCACGUGAUUAUCAUCGCAUGGUUUCAUCAUCCAAUCAUCGCCGCCCAUGUCCACACGUGUCGUUCAUGAUUAUUAACCAUACAACAUGUGAUACUGUGUUUUAUAUACGAUUGUAAGACGUGUUAUGGAUUUCUUUUUGUAUAAAACGGUAAAACUUAUGAGU